AUGUUCUCCUUGUCUAUGAUGGUAGGACUGGUCCCUCUUGUCUCUCUCUUCGGUUUGUUCUAUUCAGCAACAGUGGAUGAGAACUUUCCUCAGGGCUGCACUAGCAGCAACAAUCCUUGUUUCUACAGUCUGCUGCUUCCUGUAACCAUCCCAGUCUAUGUCUUCUUCCACCUGUGGAGCACGAUGGGAAUCAAGCUUUUCAGGCACAAUUAAUUUUGUUUAGUAAUGGCGAAGGUUUAAAUCUCAUUGUGCUCUGUACAAAGACAAAGGCUUUCUUUUCUAUUAUAUAUCAUGUAAAAGGGCGUAAGUUUGCAUAGGGACGGUAGGGACAUAACACUACCAACUUUUCAGGAUGCUCAAAUUGUCCCCACCACCUUUUAAGCAACCUUAUUUGCAUGAUAUAGUUCAGUUAUAUAGGUAAUUUAGAUUGUCCUCCCAUAUGUUGUGAUGAUAGAAUAGACCCCACCAUGAUUAAGUAAAUUAUUUUCAUUUUAUUCAAACUUACAUUGAUCCCUUUUCACUUGCUAAAUGUGCCAGUCCACUCCUCACACAGCCCCAACAGAUUCAUGAUGACAACAUGCCGCCUCCUCCACUCCCUUCAGAGAGGAGGGAUAUUAGAUAUUUUCGGCCAGCAGUAGCCACUGUAACUCAUGUAAAAAGACGUACAUGUUGUGGAAGUGGGGGAAACAUUACUGAUUUUGCUACUGAAUUAGAGUUAGCAUAACAUUAAACUUACUAACCUGUAAAACUACUGCAGUCAGGCCAGCCUCCACAAGGAACAUCUAAGUCAAGCUAGCCGUCCCUUAUUUGGAUCGUUGUUUGCAUUGUGUGCAUUACGGUAAUAACGUCCCUAUCAAUGUUGAGACCAAACCUAUGCCCUAGAUCAUGAAUAACAUUAAAGCAUCAAUUGAUGAUCUGCCUUGUCCCUUUUGUUUUUCAAGAAAAUCAAGUCACUUUUUAUUUUAAUAGAAAUGAACAGCAUGUGCAACUUUCAGUCAAGAUAUGCAAUAAAGUGUACUUACAUCUCAUUUCAAUGACUAACACUGAACU